GGGGCUAUUGGUCCGGCAGUCCCUAUAUAGUAUACUGGGGCUUCGCCCCAGUAUACUAAUACACGAUUUUAUAUACAGAUAUCAAGUAUAAAUACGACAAUCAGCAACGUUGAUGGAGCAGGGUUGCGGUGGUGUAGUGGAGAGGCUGUCUGGAUUGGAUGGGUAUAAAGUUCGGACCGGACCGGACUGCCGGACCAAAUAUACGGAGUAAAUUUACGGAUACAGUAUACUGGUUUCGGACCACGUCUUGUGUAUAAAUUUCGGACUGCCGGACCAUGGAAUACAAACUAUUAACGGACCUUAUACGGAUUAUACCACGUGGAAAGUUUAACAUACCACGUAGCACACAUGGAAGGAGAGCUAAGGUCUAUAGAGCCUAUUGCUCUUCGUCACUGGAUUCUAGCAGUUUAUUGGCCCAAGUGAUGCAUGAUGGCAUUAAUGGAUUCCAUUGGAGGCUAUGAAAAUGUAGUAGAAAAACCAUUAAGAAGACUUAUUGAUAAAUUUGCUGAGCUUAAAAUUAUUGAGCACAAUGCAUACUGUGUAGUUGUGGAGGACGUGCCAAAACAAGAAAAUAAUAGUGAUUGUGGUGCAUUUGUCUGUCGGUUUGCUAAUGAGUUAGUAUCAGAGUCUUUAAAACCAUACACCUUUGAAACUUCCAGUAUAGAGUUAAGAAGUUGGAUAGUGGAUGCGUUUCGCAAAAGUUUAAUGCCUAAGUUUUGUUUCACAGAAGUUUUAGACUCACAACUAAAGCUAUUUAAUGAAGAGCUAUUAGCAGCGGGAUAUAUUAAGGUUAAUACAAAGGACUCUGCAAUUAUUAACCUUAAUUACCAAGCCUUUUAGAUAUAUUUGAAUUGGAAGUUACUGAAUUCUUCAAAAGCAUUCCAUCAGCUAUGCUUAAAAAAGCAACCGACUAUUAUAUCAAUAAAAACUCUCGCCUAAACAGUAAACAAACAGCAGGUGCAUGGUAAUUUAGAAUCAUCUUUUACACAUGAACAGCAUCACAAACUGGUGAGUAUGGUACAAAAUAAAUUGGAAGAGGUGAUGCCAGUAUUGAAAGGAGGCUUUAGUGUCACUUUUGACAUAUUUUAUCCUGAACUCUUUAUUAGGACUUUAUCCAAACAACUGAAACUUUGUUAUAGUGAUGCACAGUCUUUGUAUUACAAAGGAAAUGAUAAAAAUGACAUCAACAACUCACUUUAAAAUUUAAUUAUUAAAAAAUUAAUUAAUACCAAAAAAAUAACGAAAUAGCUAAUUAUCA